AUGUUCGCCGUGCCCGGUUGGUCCGUCUCGGCCGAUGCUCUCAAGCCUGAGACGCAGGUCAAGGAGUCGGCUUCCAAGCCCAGCAAGCGCAAGAGGGCUGGCGCCGGCGGCGCGAAGCAAGAGGUGACCACGGACAACGUCGCCAACCUGUGGGAGCGUGUCAUCGAGGGCAAGCCUGCACCGCAGAGGAAAAAGGCGAACAAGAGAAUCAAAAAGGCAGCUGCCAAGCAAAACGGCAAGCGGAAAAGGUGUCAACCAAGCCGUCAAGCUCACGCCCUCAAGCCUCGAUGCGCGCGAAGCUCGUCUCGGCCCGCUUCCGCCACCUCAACGAGACGCUCUACACGCGCCCUUUCGGCAGAGGCCCUCUCCCUCUUCACAGACUCACCCGACAUGUUCAGCGAGUACCACGAGGGCUUCCGCCGCCAGGUCGAGGUCUGGCCCGAGAACCCGGUGGACGGCUACAUCGCCGACAUCAAGGCCCGCGCCAAGGCCCGCUACCCGGACCGCAACAGCCGCAAGCCCGCGCCCGCGCCUGCGCCGGACGCCGUCAUCCCCCUGCCCCGCAACUUCAACGGCACCGCCACCAUUGCCGACCUCGGCUGCGGCGACGCCCGCCUCGCCGAGACCCUCCAGCCCCUCGCACGCAAGCUCCAUCUCGCCAUCCACAGCUACGACCUCCACAGCCCGAGCCCCCACGUCACACGUGCCGACAUUGCCAACCUACCCCUGGCGGACGGCGCCGCCGACGUCGCCAUCUUCUGCCUGGCGCUCAUGGGAACGAACUGGCUCGACUUCAUCGAGGAGGCCUAUCGCAUCCUUCGCUGGAAGGGCGAGCUUUGGGUCGCUGAGAUCAAGUCCCGCUUCGGGCCCGCCGCGCGCCACGCCGGCGCCAAGGGACGGUCUGGCGGUGGUGUUGUCGAGCACAGCGUUGGUAACAGGAAGAAGACAGAAAAGGUCGGCAAGAAGGACAAGGCCGAGAUCGCUAGUGCCGAGGCCGCUGCCGACGGCGAAGAGCUGGCUGUCGAGGUCGACGGCAAUGAUGACAAACGGGGCGAGACGGACGUGUCGGCCUUUGUCGAGGCACUGCAAAAGCGGGGAUUUGUUCUGCAGGGCAAGGCCGACCUGUCGAACAAGAUGUUCGUCCGGAUGCGAUUCACCAAGGGAAUGGCACCGGUGAAGGGCAAGUGUGUGGAGAAGACGCCGAAAGAGGUCCUCGAGAAGCAGAAGAAGCAGAAACGUUUCCAGUGGGAGAGCAAGGAGAUCGAAGAGGAGGUGGAUGAGUCGCCUAUCCUGAAGCCUUGCGUUUACAAGCUGCGGUAA